AUGGAACGCCUUCUCAGAUCGGUCUUACAGAGACCCGGCGCAGCUGCCCUAACGGUACUGAAUGGCGCCGGUGUCUUCUGCGCCUGCUCCUGGGUUUGGGAGCACGUCGUUACCAUACAGAGGAGUGAAGGGCCAUCGAUGUAUCCAACCUUCAACGUGAGGGGCGACUGGCUUGUGAUUUCGAAACGACAUGCCUUUGGCAAGGAUAUUCAAGUCGGUGACAUAGUGCGAUGUCAUCAUCCGUCGCUUCUCGGCUCACAAGUAGCGAAACGCGUGCUGGGUAUGCCGGGAGAUUUUGUCUGCUCGGACCCGCCAUACAGCGACAGGGCUGGUGCGCAGCCAGACAUGAUCCGGGUUCCCGAAGGGCAUGUGUACCUGGGUGGUGAUAAUCUUCCCUGGUCAAGAGACUCGAGAGCUUAUGGCAGCGUGCCAAUGGGAUUGAUUAAUGGCAAAGUCGUCGCCAGAAUCUGGCCACUCUCCGAGAUGAAGUGGGUGGAGAACACGUUGCAGCCGGUUGACCCAGAUGUGUCACAGUGA